AUGAGUACAAAACCAAGAUGCCAUUUCCCCAGAAGCUCUGUCAAGCAGAAAAGGAUAAACAGUUUGCCUGCUUUUGAAGAAAUCAAGAUUCAUUUUGAAGAAGCUCUUGAACAGAUACCUUCUUAUGCUAAGUUAAUGAAAGACAUAUUAAGUCAUAAGAAGUAUUGGAGAGAGGUAGAAACAGUCCUCCUCAAUGAAGAAUGCAGUGCAGUAAUCCAUAAGAACUUAGCAGAGAAACUUCAGCAUCCUGGGAGCUUCAUGAUACCAUGCACCCUAGGGGACGCCUGUAUAAGGACAACCCUAUAUGAUCUUGGAGCAAGCAUUAACCUAAUGCCUGCAUCGUUAAUAAAGCAGCUCUGCUUAACUCAAGAAGUCAAGCCAACCCGCAUAUGCCUUCAGUUUGCUGAUGGCUCUAUCAAGUUUCCACUAGCUGUGGUAGAAGACAUGAUUAUUAGGGUUGGACCCUUUGCUUUCCCCACAGACUUCAUGGUGCUAGAAAUGGAUGAGCACAAAAAUGCAUCCAUCAUUUUAGGAAGACUAUUCCUAGCCACAGGACGGACACUCAUUGACAUUCAAAAAGGGGAAGUAACCCUGGGAGUCAAUGAGGAUGAAUUCGUGCUGAAUGCUGUUAAAGCUAUGCAGCAUCCAAACACCCCAGAGGAAUGUAUGAGCAUUGAUAUCAUUGAUUCCCUAGUGGAAGAAGUGAAUAUAAUCAAGAGACUCAAAGAAAAACUGAAGGACAUCCUUUAUGAUGUCGAGUGA